ACUAAUAAGUUUCCACUUUUUAUGUAAUUUGUUUCUUUAGUUUUGGUAAUAAGUCAUCACUGGUUGUAAGAACGACCUAAAACAGAUUCUAAAAAUGGAAUGGGGAGGAGAGUAUUCACUUGAUUCUUCCAAUUUAGACUGUUUGUUAAAUGUCCUUCCUGGAGAAUUGGAAUUUCAACAAAUCCUGAGUGAUGUUGAUGAGAAAAUAAAGAACAACUCUUCCAGCAUAGAAAAGUGUCUUAAAGACCUGCAAAAAGAAGUAAAUGAAAUAUGUACUGAUGAAAUUCUACAAAGCACAACUGACUGCAUUCAGUGGCUAAAUAACUGCAAUUUUAGUUCUCUCAGAUCUUCUUCUACAGACCAUGGAGAGCUGACGGAGUUUCUUAGGACCCUGCAAAGCUUGCUGAAGAAUGAGCAAAAUCAAGAAGAAAUGGUACUUCACUUCCUUCUGGAUCUCUCUAGUCAGUGUGGUGUCUCAUUUCCCUGCACUCCGACUGGGACAUCUUUUGAGUUAACAUCUUCCCUUCAUACCAUUGAAGAUGAUUCAGCUAUGGAUGUGAAGUCUCUUUGGGAUGAUGUGAGAUUGCAUCUUCGACAAUUUUUAAUAAAUAGACUGCAAAGUCAAGAAGAAGCAAACGCUACUGCUUUGCAACAACAAAUGGAGUUUAAAACUCAGUGCAUACAGCAACUUUUGUUUCUUUAUCCUGAAUCAGAAGUCUUAACGAAGUAUCAAAAUAUGCAGAAUAAACUGGUUAGCGAUCUUCUACAGAACUGUAUUUUAUCUAGUUGUGGUGAAACAAAUUUUGAUAAGGUGGUUCAUGGUUACCAAAGUUCCAUACCCACAUUGUGCACAAUGAUAAAAGAAGAUUUGUAUAUACUAAGUGGAACUAUUGAUCCUUCUUUAUCAUUGAAGUUUAUUAAUGAAACUUAUCUGGAUACCAUCACAGAAGAAAUGACAGUUCUUCUUGAAAGACUUUGUGAGCUGCAGUUCAAAGAAAAUGCUCUACAUAUAGUUAAAGCAAACAAGAUUUCAAAGAAGUGUAGAGGAACAGUUCACGCUGUGGCCUCCCAAGAAUACCCCAAAAAAGGAAGGAACUUCUGCUUAACAUUGUAUCAACUCAAAUGUCUUUCUCAACUUAUCAAACUCUUCUUAUUAAUGGAGGAAAAAAUUGAAGAGCUCUGUGCAGAAAUUCUGUUGCUGCCUUCAUUUAUGGAGCGGAAUAAGAACGUUCAAGGAGUUCUGAAGAGAGCUAGUGGGGAGCUUUUAAUAGGAGAAACUAGAGCAAAUGAAACCAGCGUGCUUCCUGAACAGUUACUUCAGGUAGAAGAGCCUAUUUUACUGAAUUUUGGCUGGAGAAAUGCAUUUAAAGACCUGUCUUCUUCUGUGGCUCACUGUAUAACAAUAGCAAUCGAGGAUUUUUCAUCUAAAAUUCUUCAACAUGAGCAGAAAGAAGAGUUUUCAGCUGCAGGCUGUGCAAUGAGUCUUGUAAACAACCAGCAAAUGAGGGAGUCCUGCAGAGCAGUCCAAGAGGAGGAGCAACCAAAACGAAUUGCUAAGUUUUGUUCUGACAUCAUGGAAGAACUGGACACGUUGCUUCCAUUGGCCCUGGCAUGCAGAGAUGAUUCUCUUCAGGAAAUUAGAGCAAACUUCGUAGAGGCCUGCAGCAAAGUGGCAACAGCUGUGCUGGCAAGACUCGAGGAGAAGAGCAAAGACAUUCCCUCCAAGGCUCCCCUGCAAGACUUAUGUGCUGCCCUUUCCACAGCAAUAUAUGUCUUUCAGCAUUUUACAAUGUACAGCAAUUUAAUGAGAGAAACAAGCAAAAACCCCCUGUUCCUAGUGCUUGUCCAACAAUACCAGGAAUUCAUCAGUGUUCUCCAGUUUCAAGUUACGAACUACUGCAUCAGAGUUUGUGCUACAAGCAUAUUACAGGAUGCUGAGAGCCACCACUGGGAUGACUACAAAGCUUUUUAUGAGGGGGAAAGAUGCUCAUUCUCUGUCCAGAUGUGGCAUUACUUCUGCUGUGCUAUUCGUCAUGAUCUAUGGACUAUUCUACCUCCAAAGACAGCCCAGGAGAUUCUUACAGAUAUACUAGAGCAAUCUUUGGAUAUUCUGUCCUCCAGAUAUUGUCAGGUGCAUCCCAGUUACAAGAGAACACCUCAAAUCAGAAUUGAUAUUGCAGCAAUUUUGAUGUCCACUGAAGAUAUGCUCUGGUCAAGUUGUAGUUCUGUACAGGAGUUUCUGAAUCCACAUGAAGACAGAGAUCUCAAGAUCUAUAAAAUACAUAGCCACUGCAAUAAUCUGAUCUCUGUGCUGGCUAUUUUAACUUCACCACUGAAGAAUUUGUAUGAGACAUUACUGAAUAGUUGUGGUGAACAUCUUCCUCAAGAGUUUUCAGAAGUCUUUUAUCAUCCAUCACAUUGGUUAUUUUGCAUACCAUCAUCCUGUUUUUUCUUACUGAAGAUUCCAUCAGCCAGAGAAAUGGCAGCCCAGGGUCAGCUGAAACUGCUCUUAUCCCAGCCGUAUUGUAAUUUGAACUUGCUUUUGGACACAUUGCUACAUCAUGAUUGUCUCUUAGUGAAAAUUUUGCUGAGAAGCUCAGGACAUGAAGCAUUGAAUCGUGAUGAACAAAGUUCUCUCUUAGAACAGAUAAAUAACAAAGAGCCUACUCUGAUUGAAACAAUCUUCACAGUAUUGUCUUACUGCACUUUAUCGCCCAAAUCUCUUGGCAUUGCUUUUGAGACCUACAUGGAAAAAGAGCAGUUGUGGAAUUGCUUAUACAGCAUGACAGUUUCCAGUUGUGGUGAGUCAGAGCCAGAAGUUAUCAGAUGCUUGAAGUUGACUUUGAUUAAUUCAGUCAAGGGUGUAGUGAAACAGAUUAUUUCUUUGAUGCAUUCAUGGGAGGCAACAGAAAACUAUGGAACUUACCAGCACAAGCAAAUAGUACCUGAAAGUUUACUGAAAACAGUUCCAAAGGAAUGGAAUUAUACUCCUCGGGAAAUGAAGAGAAAAGAAUCUGGGAAAUGCUUCACAAGGCUUGCAGCUCAGGCAGUAUCUAUUGUAAUCAGCAAGUUACCUACAGUGAUUGCAUGUUUGCCUCCCCCAAUUAAGUACUUCUUUUUUCUGGCUGAGAGAAAAAUGUCAAGAAACUUUGCUGAAUUGAAGAAAGCUGGUCUGCUUGUCUGGAACUUGAUUCUAAUUAUAUGUCGGAUAUUUGAGGAUGGAAAUACUGCAGAACUUUUAACAGGUGCAACACUUGACAGAUGGAGCAAAGAAAAACUCAGUUUAGUUCGUGUGUGCUUAGAAAGUAUUAUGGGAAAACAGAAAAGUGGUCCUAAGCAAGUGACCCAGAAGAUUAUACAAAACAUUGAACAGCAGAGACCAAACUGGAUUGAAAGCCAGUUGCUGAAGGCAAGAAAAUUGAGCACAGACUGUGCCUCAGACACAGUAGAAGGUGCAACGUUAGAGGAAGGAGGUAUUGCAUUUGGAUUCACUGAGCAGAAAAUAAACAUGAUGGUCCUGGAUAUCUGCCACAAACCAGGUGGCAGCGAGUACCUGAGGCAAAUUUAUCACAUCAUCCAGCUCAAUGAGGAAUAUUUGAAAGACCAGCUGUCUUGUGAGAAUUCUUCUGAAGAUGGUGUUACGUCCAGUCAAUGCCUGCCUUUGACGCUGAAGGGCAGAGAAGAGCAGCCUGUCUUCAACCCUUUCCAGGUGUACAGACAAUCUUGUGCAAAAGUGUUCAAUCAGUCAGCCAGUACUGAAUGGAACUGGGAUUGGUCAAACUUGCUGCCAAGUUGCUUGGGAUUGAAUCAGAUGACCUUCAGGGUGCUGCUGACACACAGCGGGAUGGAGAAGAGAAUUGGGGGCAGAAGAGGUCAAGAUCACGGGUUGAGAGAAGAACAAUUUACUGGAAACAGCAAUGAAAUAAGAAAAUGAACAGUAACAGCAAC